UUGCAAUACUAAUGUCACUGUUUAUAUUGUUUUCUAAUUUAAAUGUAUAAAAAAAUUAAUUUUUCUAAAUAUAUUUUUUUAUAUUAAAUUUAUUCAGAAUUUCAUUUUUAACUUGUGGAAUUCAGCUUGGAAAUAAAUACUGAGUCACCUUGUUAGAACUAAUUUUAUAACUUGACUUGCACUGUCACCAAGAAAUUUAUUUUUUUGAAAACUACUUGGAAUAAUUAUGAAAAGAAUGAUAACAAUCAUUGAAUAAUUUAUAACAUAUAGCAUUAUAAGCUGAUAAUAAAAUAAAAUCUAUUUAUUAGGAGAUAAUGGAUAUUAAUUUUUCAUGAUGAAUGACAAUAGCAUUCCAAUUGUAGAGCCAACUAUUGAUUAUACAAAGGUUCCACCAAUUCAUCCAAAAAGGACUGUUUCAUUUAUAAAUCAUUUCAUAGUAACUACAGUGUCUUUUUUAAAUAAAUUUGCCUUAAACUGUGAAGAACGACUUUAUGAAUUUGAAAAUAAAUUACAAAAAUUAGAGGCAGCUAUAAUAAUACUUGAAUCUAGGCUUGCAUCGGUACCAGGAUUAGAUAAUAAAUCACCAGAUACAAAAGACUGCAAUCUAGAAGAGCAGGAGACUGUCAAUACAGAAAGUAAUGAGAAGGUAGACACAAUGAAAACUCCAGAAGUAAUAAAUAAUGUUGAUGAAAUUGAUAAAAAUGAUGAAGAGAAAAAUCCAACUCAAGCAUCCAAUGUUGAACCAAUUUCAUCACAUCCUCUUUAUCGUAAAUAUUUUAAGAUGGUUAAUGUAGGCGUACCAAAACCAGCUGUAAAAAUAAAAAUGGCUCAGGAGGGGCUCGAUCCAUCACUUUUAGAUGAUCCAGACCAAUUGGUACCUAAAGACGAAUCCCCAACGGCAGACGGAUAAUUUGUCGUCAGAACGACUGAUGAAUAAUAAAAUCCAUGUAUUUUUAUACAAUGCUCUAUACUAAUGUUAAUGUUAAUUGAAUGUAAAUAAUAUAACAAAAAACAAAUAAAAUAAGUAAAUUAA